AUGAUGCAGGGGUUUACCUUCUACAUUAUAUUCCUAUAUGUUGUGUUUCGGCCAUUCAUAAAGACGGAGGAGAUAGAAGUCUCGGAGUUACUUGAGCAAAUUUUGACACUGUGCGGAACUGGGCAUUUUUGUUUCCUGAAUAAAACACUUUUUCCCUUAGAGGUCAAAGAUUCAGCACUGCACCCGCGUUGUCCACCUUGUUUUUGUGAUCAGAAGUGUUACAUCAGAGGUGACUGUUGCCCGGAUGUGUUCUUUUCUCCACCAGUACCGACCUGUAAGAAUGUCACGAUCGUUAAUGCGUCAUCAAAUUACAUUGAAAGAAAACAAAGAACAUCAUAUUUAAUGAUUGACUCUUGUCUACACAACACAGAGAGUGAUGUUGUCAAAAGAUGCGAAAACGUCACGAAUGACGUCGAUAAACUGAAAUAUCCACCAGUUACAAGUUACGAUACCUCUCGAACGUAUUAUAACCGGUUUUGUGCCAUUUGCAACGGUGAUUCAAAUUUUUUAACCUGGCCUAUUGAUAUAGUCUGUGAUCAAUUUCUGGACAUCAAUUUUAUUUCAACCUUUGAUGACGUCAUCAGUAAUGCCAUGGCUCGAAAAUGUGUGUUACAGUCAUAUCCUCCAAAUGAAAAUAUAUCUUACAACUGUUACAAAGAAAACGAGCAAUAUUUUAAUUCUUGUAAUAAAACAGGGACGUGGAAACAUUAUAUCCAGAGUGUUGAAUUUGGAUGUGAUGCCGAUUAUUUCAAUAAUGAUACACUGUUCAAAAAUAUGUUUUGUAAAAUGUGUAAUCCAACAUUCACUGCUGUCAACACAAUAUCUCGGUGCAACAUGAGUGGAAUGUGGGAUACGUUUAACCAUACAGUAAAUAACGCGUGCUUAUAUUAUCCAGACAACUCUGGAACUUUGCCAUAUAAGAAUUUAUUUUGCUAUUUGUGUAACCGACCAAAUUCAUCAAAAUUUCCAUUUUCAGAUGUAAGCUUGGACAUAAAUACCGAUCUUUUAUUUCGUAAUGGAUCCGAUGUACCUAUAUUUUACUUCUUUGUGGAUGUGCAGGAAUUCUCAGAGGAAUACUUCCUUUUAAUAAAGCAAAAAGUUUUUGAACAAUUCGGAGAAAUCAAAAUGAUAAAUAAAUCACGUGAUCUAGUUUUGAUGAAACAAAAUUACAGUGAUUUAACAAAUUUAGUUCAUAAGUUGUAUUCAAUGGACUUUGUAUCGGGUACUUGUGGAGAAUACAAAAUUCCAACAAAGUUCAAUUCCAACUCUUAUUAUAACUGUUCAUGUAAUACAUCUUGCAUCUUUGACAUUGGAAACAGGUAUUGCUGUAAAGAUCUAUACUUGAUGUAUCCUACAACUUGCCUAAAAGAACGAAUAUUUUCGCAAUCGGAUUCAAACAGAACGAUUAACGAAAGCUUAGUGACAAAUGGGUGUUAUGGUCUAGAUAGUUAUCCCGAGUUUAUAGGACAAGGGUGUAGGAAACCGUCGGGAGAUGCAUUUUCUAUUCACCCAGUCACGGAUUUAUCGACAGGCAUUCCGUAUUUAAAUAUGUAUUGUUUAUUGUGUAGUGUUGCUCAAACAGAAAAAAAUUACAAACCCUGGACAAUCAAGUCACGAUGUUUUUCAUAUAUCGAACACACAAACUUCUUGCAUUAUAAUAGUUUUAUAAAAUCUGUAAGAGAAGCUGAGUGCAAUAUAACUCUUUAUCCGCCAACGGAUAGUCAAAAAUGUGACAAACCCUCGACUUAUGUUGUAGACAAAUGUAACAGAACGGGACAUUGGCCAGUGAUAGAUUCAGAUGUGAGUUGGGCGUGCGAGGAUCUACCAUAUACAAACAAACAACAAUGGAGUGCAUAUAAUGAGUUUGGAGGAUGUGUGUAUAAAAACAUUUAUUGUGCUAUGUGCAACCCAUAUAGAGAUGUGGAUAUAACAAUUGACAAAUGUCAAGAAUCAUUUGGUAUGACUGGGGAUUAUUGCGAUUUUUUUCCAAAGGUGUACUUCUAUGCUCCAUACAAGAAUUUGCAUUGUGCAAUGUGUAAUAUGCUCGGUAUGUCAAUAGAUAAAGGGGAGGGUGGUGUAAAGGGAGAGGAAGAAGACAAUAUGGCGUCAAAGUCCCUGGUCUGGUAUCCUUUGCUACGCAGUUUGUUUUCCGUCAGUGGUGAUUAUGAUGAGAUGGAUUCUGAGGCACUGCUUGGUCGGCAGUGUUCAAAUGACCAAAUUUAUGACGCAUUCCUU